CUUGAAUUAUCAUUUUUGUCUAUGGUCAGUAGCAAAUAAAUGGCGGUGGUAGUUAGUGACGGACUGAAUAUAUUUUUAUUAUAAUUAAAUUCUAAUAAUGCCCUAUUGGUAUUACGACAAAAAAGAUUUACAGAACACGCCGUCAUUCCGCGAUGGGAUCCCGAACGAGACCGAAAACCGUUACAGGAAAGAGGGCGCGAGGUUUAUCAUUGACACAGGAUCGAAGAUGGACUUAGGUUAUAAUACUGUGGCCACUGGUGUUGUUUAUUUCCAUCGGUUUUACAUGUUCCACUCGUUUAGAACAUUCCCAAGAUAUAUCACCGCGUGUUGCUGUUUGUUUCUCGCUGGUAAAGUGGAGGAGACGCCCAAAAAGUGUAAAGAUAUAAUUAAAGUUGCCAAGUCGUUGCUAACUGAACUGAAGUUCAGUACGUUCGGUGAGGACCCCAAGGAGGAAGUGAUGACGCUGGAAAGGAUCCUGUUGCAGACGAUAAAGUUCGACCUGCAAGUGGAGCACCCGUACGGGUACCUGUUGAAGUAUGCAAAGUGCCUUAAAGGUGACAAGGCUAAACUACAAAAAAUGGUACAAAUGGCAUGGACUUUCGUUAAUGACAGUCUGUGCACCACACUGUGCCUGCAAUGGGAGCCUGAAGUGAUAGCGGUGGCGCUCAUGUUCCUGGCGGGGAAACUGAGCAAGUUUGAGGUGAUGGACUGGAACGGACGGAUGCCCAAGCACACCGCCUGGUGGGACAUGUUCGUUGAAGACAUCACUAUGGAACUGCUUGAGGAUAUUUGCCACCAGGUACUAGACCUAUACUCGCCUCAAACGCAGCCCACUGGAGGCGACUCGCCACCGGAAGCGACCGCCUCCCGCGCGCCAAAAAACGAGAAGAAGCCCUCCGUUACACCGCCCACUUCCGCAUCGCCUGUCGCCACACCUAAGCCCCCACCUGUCAUCACACCUGUCAAAAACGGCUCAGACCUCAAAUUGGAGCCCCCAAAAAUUGACAUGAGGUUCACAUAUCCCGGAUACCCCACUAUGCCCGCAUAUCCCCCAGUUUACACCGCGCCUCCGCCUUCAAUACCUCCUCCUAAUAGAUUACCAAUCCCCCAAGGUCCCCCGCCACCUUUAAGGUACUCGGAACCCCCUCCCGCUCCCCCGACAAGAUUUCCCCCGGUUAACGUCCCACCUCCUAAUUAUUUCGCGCCGAUGCCCACGCGAGGCCCCCUGCCCCCGAGGGGCCCCAUCCCGCCGGGCCCCCUGCCCCCGCGGCCCUACUACCCGCCACCGUAACGGAGAGCUAAUCUUAAGCAUAGGUUAUAUUAUAAUUUUUUUACUGAAAUAUAAUUAAUAGACUGGA